CAAAAGUCUGUUUGCUGCCGGCUCACACCCACAAGUCAGUGCCGACAGACGGAAGCGGGGCAUGGCUGCGUGACACACGCUCUGCUUCUGCUCCCAGUGCUCCCAGUGCUCCUGGGCUGCUGGAAUGGGGAACAUUGCGUGCGUCCCGCAGGCGCCUGGGGGGUUCCGGCACUCCUUCAGGAGGAAACCUUCGCUGAAGAAAGAGCAAAAUGGCAAGAAAAAGCUGCCCAGCUUCUUCGGCAUAGACGGCGAUGGGGAGAGGGAUACAACGACAGACAAAAUCCUGCAGUACAUCCCUGGGAAGAGCAUUCAGAACCAAGAAAACCAGAAGGAAAACCUGGACCAGAGGUUCCCCAGCCUGUUCAAGAAGGGACGGAGGAAAACGGUCGUCAGGAACCUGGGGAAAAUCAUCUAUUAUUCCAAGGUCAAAUUCAAGUUUCAGCACUGCCAGGAGGUCAAUGAUUGCUACCUGGAGCUCUUCCAGUCUCACCUCUACUUCCAGUCCGUGGGCUCCAAUGGGCUCACCUACCAGGGCCUGCUGCCUUUGAAAGAGCUGAAUGUCUGUGAGGUGGAGAGCAGGAGGAGCGCGGGGCAGGAGGAGCAGCACGCCUUCCGCAUCACAGGUCCAUUGCUGAACCCUCUGAUUGUGUUCUGCCCCACGGAGCCGGAGCUGAAGCAGUGGCUCUAUCACCUGGAGAAGCAGAUCCACCUGAACGGAGGGAACCUGGGCUUGCCCUUCAUUGCUCAGGAUGACUGGAAGCAGAGCUCGGUGGGGAAGGAAGAGCUGCGGUGGUCGGUGCAGAACAUGCCUGUCCAGGAGUGGAGGGGGACCCAGCGGGAAUCCCUCGGUGACGUCCUCUGUGUUUCCAAAGUGAAGCUCCAGCACCUGCCUUUCCAGGAGCAGCACGAGCGCCUGCUGGUGCUGUACCCCUCCACGCUGGUGAUUGUGUCUGAAGAACACAACGGCCUCUACUUUAAGGGCGAGCUGCCACUCAAUGCCAUCCAGGUGUUGUUUGAAGAGAAUGAGAAAACCUCAUUUUUAAUAGAAGGCCGGCUGAUCAACUCCAUCCGCGUCAUCUGCCGCAGCUAUGAGGAUUACCAGGAGUGGCUCUACUGCCUCAAAACUGCCCAGUUUCGAAAUGCUGACUCCUCCUUGUCCGGAUCAGAGAGUUUCUCAGGAUCAAAGCUGCCACACCUCAGCCAGUUUGCUGGCAGUGGGAGAGGCUCACUGGCCUCCGAUGGCCGCACCAACUCUUGGGCUUCUGGAGGGAAAGGGACCAACACCCUGACACACCUGUCCCAGCACAGCGGCUCGCUGCACGACGCUCAGUCCUUCAUGCUGCUGGAGGAGCCACACAGCCCUGGUUAUUCCCAACCUCUCCAUUGCCUGCCCCACACCAACUGGCCAAGCACCGUGCUGCCUGUGCAGGAGCUGCGCAGGGGCAGCAGCACCAAGAAGCCCAAAGGCAGAUGUGGUCCAGGCACGCAGGAUGUGGAACAGGCACCGUGCAGCCUCAUCUCCCAGCACCCCAUCCUGCCUGCGCUGUACACUGAGCCCUACUGCACCUAUAGCACACCGCAUCGCCCCACGGACCCCCCAGCACAGCUGGAAAUGAGCAACGUCCUGCAGUGUCAGAAGAUUGCCCAGCCCCUGCCCGGCAGGCACUGGAUGGAGGUGCUCGGGGCACAGAGACACCCCCAGCUUCCUGCAGAUGCUCCAUACCUUGCCAACGUGUCAUCUCUGCCAGAGGAACAUCUGGGCCCCUUGCUGCAGCCACCAGAUGAUGGCAUGGGUGCCUACGAUGUGCCAGAAGGCGGCUGCCUGCACCGUGACUCUGCAGUGUACCACGACUACGCUGAGCUGCAGAGCUUCCAGAGCGAGCUCAGCUAUGACAACCUGUGGGACGCCGAGGGCAGGGAGCCAGACAGCCCAGCACCCUGCUAUGAAGUGUGAGCAGAGGUCCUCACCGGGCACAGGAUGACCCCUGGGCUCUGUUCUCCCACCCCGGUGGGUGUGGGAAGCAAAGGGAUCCGCAGCGAUCCCUGGGAGCAGUGUUAAGGACAUCCCAGAAUGGUUCCCACUGCGAGGGGGGAGGGGGGAAGGGGGCCACAUCCUCCUCCCAUCCCUCAGCAUCUGGGGGCACCUGGGGAGAUCAGGGCACAAACAACAGGGGACAGAGUCUGGGUGCUAUCACUCUGCAGCCUCUUGGCCAGAUCCCUCAGCACAUAUGAGGUCAGCAGCAAACCCAAAUGUUUUCUUUUUUACCUGAGGCUCCAAAUUCUUAACCUUUGUCCCCUCUGGAGGCUGCAAACCAAACAUAGCGAUGAAAUCUCUGUUUUGGUGCACACAGAGCAACCCAGCAGCGUUUUGUACUUGAAUGUCUACGUAUUACAUUGUACUUACCUGUAUUUUCCAGAAGGUAUCCAGCAAAGUUUACAUUGCGAGGUUUGAGUGAAUUUGAUGUAUUUAAUGUGUACAUGUGGCUGAGUCGGAGAUGUAUUUAAUGUUGAAGCUGUGGAUGAGGCUCGGUGCUGCGGUGCGUGUGUUGGGUUGGGUCUUCUGCUGUCGUUGUGUCGUUCCAGGUUUACCUUUUGUUGGGAAGCUGUGUACUAAUAACCAACAGGAUCUAUUUAUUCAGAAUGGAAUGGUACUGUGAGCCCUACAAUUACAGCGCACCUUCCUCUGGCAGGCGUUGUUCUCUCUUUGCCAUCCCUUUGCCCUCACUCUCCUCCCGUGUCCUGGGGGUCUCAGGAAGGGGCUUUCCAAUUCACUCCAUGCACCUGCAGCAAGCUGCUCGGCCUUGCUGGCAGCACUGCAACCCUCAGCAGCAGCCCUCUGCCCCCACAGCUGCACUGGGUUAAAUUGCAUCCCUGGUGCAUGGCUGCAGUGUUGGCUCCUGGGCUCCAUCUGAGUGAGACUCAAAUAUCUCCUCCUGGCAUUGCUCUGAUACAGCAGGAGGUGGCAAUAGCAGCACGGUCCCACUGCGCCGUUCCAGCUCCCAGCGCUCCCUCUGAAGCCCUCUUGCUGGCAAUGACACAGCCCUGACCUAACAGAAAUGUCCGCAGGAAGCUUUGCUCUCAUCUCAUGACAGGGGAUGUGACUGAAAUAUAAAAGGAGCUGCUGUGGCCAAGCAGAUUGCAGCACAGAGCUGUUGCCCCCUCGGCGCACACGGUGCAAGCAGGCCAGCACCUGCCUGACUUUUUCAAGGAGGUGACAGCCAUGGGAGCUGCGUGCAGGGCAGGGUGGCACUGCGCCCACCUCGGUGACACGCACGAAGCCUCCAGGAUGCACCCAAAAGGUCGUUUCUAUGGUGGUGGUGGGGCUGAGAUGCUGAGCUGCUGGCUGCUCCCACUUGCACCUCAGGUUCACCUGGCUGCUAAGAGAGGUCAGCGCU